GACGUGGUGGUGCGCCCAGCCAGCUGCCGGCAGCUGCGCUGACCCGGUGGUGCCCCCGCCGCCUCCGCCGCCGCGACCCGGUCUCAGGGUCAAGGUCGACCAGGGCGCAGUUCAAGGUUGCCAAGCCCACCGCACGUGAUACCAUUCGGAGGACAGAAGCUGUAGUAACGUAUUGAGUGUGGGUUUGCUUGAUGGACCGAGGGAGCCGCCGUCCCAGCCAAAAGAAUGAAGCUGCAACACGCCAUAAUAUUGGCUGCCUUCACCCUGUCUUUCGCGGGAGCCAACGUCAAAAUGACCUCCUGCGAUCAGCAAGAGUUUCAGCGUUAUCUGAUGAGAGAUGACUGGAAGAGCAUCGCCAUCUGCAUCAAGAACGCCUCGGUGCGGAAGAACCUCUGCAACAGCACGGUGAUCACGGGCACGAUCCUGGAGCUGCCGUUGGUGCUGCUGGAGCGCUGGAGGCGCGCCUGCCGUCCCGACUUCACCAUCGGCGUCACCAAGUCACCGCCGAGACCAUCCGGCUCGGACAGUUCCAGCCCAGCCAGCUCAGCUAGUUCCAGCCCCAGCCCCAGCUCCAGCUCGGUCAGCUCCAGCCCCCCGGUCCAGCUUCCGCUGCCGGCAGCUGCGGCGCUCGACGCCGGCAGCUUCGCCGCCGCCGCGCAGCUGAAGCGGGGCGGCAAGCUGAGCAGAAUGAGGGAGUUGCUGCUGGUGGCGCCGCCGGCCGGCGAAGCGACGCCGUCCGACCAGCGAUCGCAGCGCCUCACCGCGGCCGGAGCCAAAAUCAUUGAGCAGGGCCUGGCUGAGGUGUGCCCGAACAACAGUCACGAGAUGACCGGCUGCUUCCGGAAAGGCUUCAACAACGCUCGGCCGCUCUUCAAAAAACGGGAUCCACUGUUUCUUCCGAUGACUAUGAAGGGGGGCACCAAGAACGUCGGCUGGUCGUUGCGCGGCGUCAGAGUGGACGGCAUCUCCGAAUACAAUGUGGUCAACGUCGGCGCCACAGCCGCCGACGCCCGUGAGCGGAAGCCACUGAAAGUAGUGAGUGAAUGGACGACCAAGAGAUGGCGUGUGGAGGUCAACGCUACGUACAGUUUGGCCCUCUUGACUGAUGCUGUUUACGUCACACUGCUCGCCCGAAUAAAGCUCGAAAUACCGGACGUGCGGAUGAAGUUCAGCGCCUUCGUCUGGGGCGAAGAGCAGCCCGAUCCGGCCAUCGUCCGCUUCUUCACCGAGGACAAGCUCUUCAACCUCGAGUUCAAGCCGGACGACAUGAAAAUAGGGGUCGACAUCGCCUCUCUGCCCUCAAUAGCUUCCACUCCCGCCUUGAACGAGCUAGUCGAGCUGCACGUCCGGUACAGGGCCCUGCCGGUAAUGUGGCCAGCCAUCAAGCAGGAGGUGGGAAAGGUUUUCCAGGACAUCACGAACGGGGAGGUGAUCCGAGUGAUCAUUCGCUUCCUGCUGCUCCGCCGCGGUAACAGUCCCCCGGCAACGCCGAAGCCGGCGGUCUCGACGCCCGCAGCCGUCGCGGCCAAGACAAAGCCCUCCAGGAUAUCGGAGAGUAUCACUGGCCAGCCUGACAAGGACACCGCCUAG